AUGCCUCCCAUCUAUCCCACAGCCUCAUUACCCGAUGUUACCUGGAUAUCUUCAAUCGCGUCAUCCGUUGCUGAUAAUCCAAAAACCUCUCUCGUCUUGUGUCUAGUUCUCGUAGGCACGAUGGCGUACAGGAUAUCUCCACCACUGUCUCCUCAUACCCAGCUCAAGCAGCUGAAUCGUAAUAUCGAUGAUGUGUGGGCCCUGAUCAACACGUCUGAUGGCGAUAUCGACCGUGACUGUCGCCACUGGCGUUGUAAAGCGUAUGACUGGUUGGAACUAAUUCAAAUUGAUGCUUGCGAGCUUGAAAUAUGUCUCCUCCAAACUGAGAAAGACAAUACCGCUUCAUGGAGUGAAUAUUUUCUUUCCUUGAAGAGGGUGUAUUUCGGCGCACGCGCAGUCUGUAAAGAGGUCGAGGCCAUCCGGACGGAUGUAAAGAUAGAACACUUGAAUUCUCAACUGCAAUACCUUCGGAUGAAGAAACACAUUGUAGGGCCGAAGUUUAUUCGGGAGCAGUCUGAGAGUCUGACGCCCUAUGUCGCGUUGUAA